AUGAAUUAAAAUAACUUAAUGCUUAUUGUAGCUUUAUUUUUAUUUGCUGGAUUUGUUUAGGCAUCAGUUGUCUAUGAUGAAUUCAAUGGUUUUGAUUACAAAGAUUAUGGUGCUAAUUGGACCUGGGAAUAAGUAAAGACAUGCUCUACUUCAUAAGUUCAAAGUCCUAUUGACUUAUUAUCUUCUGAUCGUAAUUCAACUGCUCCUAACUAGUAUAUGUUUGCUCGUUAUGAAACCAGUAAAAUGCUUGUCCGUAAAUUCAAUACAACUAUUGUUAUGACAGCUGUAAAUGAUGAUGGAUUAGGAUAUUUAUACUACAUUACCACUCUUAAUGUUGCUGGUACUUUCCGUCUAGAUAACAUUCGUUUUAGAACUCCUGCAGAGCACACUAUCAAUGGAUAUUAGGCUGAUAUGGAGGUAUAACUUUUCCAUUUGUAUGGAUUUAAGAAGCCUGUUAAUGAUAAGGUUGUAGUUGCUCUUCUUUUUAAAAUAGACGAUAAGGCUCCUUUAGAUCCUUUGCUUGAAUAAGUAAUCAAUACCAAACACAAUGAAACUACUUCAUAAGAAAUCGAUAUUAGCAGAUAUUUAACAAUGGAUAGCUUUUAAAUGAACUAUUUCUAUUACGCAGGUUCUCUUACUUAUCCUUAUUGCUCUGGCUCUUACAACUGGGUUGUUAUUGAUUAAUUCUUUUACGCUCCAUCCUCUUAAAUUAAUGCUAUUCAUUAGGCUUAUCAAAAUACUGCAGGUGGUUUAAUAUUAAAAGGAAAUUACAGAAAAACUCAAAACAGAACAGGUAGAUAUGUAAGAUAUAAUGGUGACGCCACAAACCCUCAAGCUAUUUCAAAUUUACAUCCUUAAAAGAAGAAGGGUAUUUUGAAUAUAGAUUUAUGA